UGUGUGGUCAGUAACUACACUGCUGCAGAGCUAAGACUAAUUCACACUGGCACAUCACACAACUAGAGCCCUGGAUCAUUUCAGUUUGUGCGUGUGUGUUAAGAGGCGGGUUUGCCCGGAGAGAGCUGCUUUUCAUAGCUCUUGCCUGAGAAGCGGGACUGUGACCCGGCUGGACGUAGAACAAGCGAGGCUGCUGUCUCCAGCGUUUCAGACGCGGGGGAGUCUUCAUCUCUCGUUGUAGCUACAAUGUCUGACUGCAGAAGACAGUGGAAUCGGGAGGAUGAGCUACCCGUCUACCUGGCGGGACCGAUCACCACCGGUCCGAACCAGAGGAAAUCCUACGGGAUGUUCAGCUCUGUGGAGGGGGCGUUUGGCAGCAAGACCAUUGACUUAGAUAAUUACGCGAUGGGGAAGAAAGGUAGCCGCACACCGAGAAGCGAGAGCCGAGAGAGGCUCUUGGACCCUGGUGAUCCCAUCGGCAAAACACCCAGGGAAACCCAGGAAGGCUCAAUGACCCACUCGCCCGUGGAGAGAGAGGACGCACGCACAGAUGGCCAGGACAGAUUUUCAUCGGGGAACGAAAUCCCGAAUGAAAAGAGUGAGAAGCUGUUGAUCAAAGGAGGGCGAGUGGUCAAUGAUGACCACUCUUUCUAUGCAGAUGUCUACAUUGAGGAUGGGCUCAUCAAGCAGGUGGGUGAGAAUCUGGUCGUCCCCGGAGAUGUCAGGGUGAUCCAGAGUAAUGGCCGCCUGGUGAUACCAGGAGGGAUAGAUGUCAACACUUGCUUCAUGAAGCCCUACUUGGGUACACAGCCCGUUGAUGAUUUCCUCCAGGGCACCAAGGCUGCCCUUGCUGGUGGCACUACCAUGAUCAUUGACCAUGUGAUCCCCCAGCCUGGGCACAGCCUGCUAGCGGCAUUUGAGCACUGGCAGGAGGCUGCAGAUAAGAAGGCGUGCUGUGACUACUCCCUGCAUGUCGACAUCCCCCAGUGGAAUGAGACUGUUAAAGAUGAGCUGGAGCUGCUGGUGCAAGAGAAAGGUAUCAACUCCUUCCAAGUGUACAUGGCUUAUAAGGAUGUGUACCAGAUGACAGAUUCUCAGCUGUAUGAGGCUUUCUCCUUCCUGAAGCAAUUGGGUGCUGUGGUGUUAGUUCAUGCUGAAAAUGGAGAUUUGAUUGCUCAGGAACAGAGAAAAAUCCUUAGAAUGGGAAUCACUGGACCUGAGGGCCACCCUCUGAGUCAUCCUGAAGAGCUGGAGGCUGAGGCUGUGUUUCGCGCCAUCACUCUUAGCAACCAGGUGAACUGUCCUGUGUACAUCACCAAGGUGAUGAGCAAGAGUGCAGCUGACACCAUCACCCAGGCCCGGAGGAAAGGUUCUGUCGUUUUUGGGGAGCCAAUUACAGCUAGUUUGGCCACUGACGGUUCUCACUACUGGAGCAAAAACUGGGCCAAAGCAGCUGCUUACGUGACCUCUCCACCUCUGAGUACUGAUCCCACAACUCCUGACCACCUCCACACACUGCUGGCCUGUGGGGACCUCCAGGUGGUGGGUAGCGCUCACUGUGCAUACAGCACUUCCCAGAAGGCAAUUGGUAAAGAUGACUUCACCCUUAUCCCAGAGGGAACCAAUGGGGUGGAGGAGAGAAUGGGAUUUGUCUGGGACAAGACUGUGGCCAUGGGGAAGAUGGAUGAGAACCAGUUUGUGGCAGUCACAUCUACCAAUGCUGCUAAAAUUUUCAAUCUGUACCCACGUAAAGGCCGGAUAGCGGUAGGCUCUGAUGCAGACAUCGUCAUCUGGGACCCUGACAGCGUCAAAACCAUCACUGCCAAACUCCAGCAGUCGGCUUCAGAAUACAACAUCUUUGAGGGCCUGGAGUGCCGUGGCGGUCCGGUCCUGGUGUUGAGUCAAGGUCGUGUGGUUUAUGAGGAAGGCAAGCUGCAGGCUCAGCAGGGCACUGGUCGAUUUAUUCCUCGCAAGCCUUUCCCAGACUACGCUUUCCAGCGUGUUAAGUUUAGAAACCAGGUGAAAGGUAAGCAGGGUGUUACUCGUGGGAUGUAUGAUGGCCCUGUUUACGAUGUUGCUCCUACCCCCAAAUAUAUUACUCCUGCUCCGUCAGCCAAAACCUCACCCACCUUUCAACCACCACCAAUCCGCAAUCUUCACCUGUCCAACUUCAGCCUAUCGGGGGCACAGACUGAUGACAACGUUCCAUAUCGGCCUGGCCACCGUAUUGUAGCACCCCCUGGUGGUGGCACCCACAUUACCAGCCUUGGUUGAACACUGGACUGUGCAAAGUGUGGUUGUUGUGGAGUUUCACCUCUCAAGUGUGUGUGUGUGUGUGUGUGUGUGUGUGUGUGUGUGUGUGUGUGUGUGUGUGUGUGUGUGUGUGUGUGAGUGUGAGCACACAGGCAUGAAUGAAUACCUUUAUAUUUUUUUGGUUAAAUGGUGACAUGUUUUUUUUUUUUUUUUAGACCAUUAUGAUUUUAUCAGUUUGCCUUAGCCACUAAGAUGAAGCACAUUUAUACUUCCAAUAAAAAAAAAGUGUGAUUUACAAUCAAUCAAGUCAUUCAAAAAUGUGCAAAACUCAGACUUGUGAGUUGGUCCCCCUCUAAGGACCUAAUGUGACCCCAUGUCAUAAUGUUGCUGUCCCCUUUCCAGUGAGCAUGACUUCUUCCUUAAUCUUCUUUGUGUCCCACAUCAUCCUGUGUGGGCCUGCUCAGACAUGGUGCUCCUCUCCACCCAUCUGGUGGACAUCUGUAGAAAUAACAGAUUUCUACCACAUCUGGUAUUCAACAUACUGGCAAUAUUAGCUUUAGUGUGGCUCAAGUGGAUCAAUUAAACAUAUUGCAUGGACACAUCUUUAGAUGUUGCACUACUUGUGGUUUAUUAUGACAAUGCAGGAACACUUAAAACUGUACUCCAGGCACAUUUGUAUUCAACAGCACAAACAUAUUAAAUUAUUGUAUGCUUUGAACACAUAAUGACACUCACUGUGGAUAGAGCCAGCUGUUUCCAAGUUCAAAACACAUUCAUUCAUUUUUAACAUUACUGUGAAAUUCAAUAAAAGCAAUGCAACUCCCACUCCACCAUUAGAUACUAUAUGCAAAUGUGUCAGUACUCUCCUGUAAAAUGUGAAAGUAGAUGAGCAGUUGAAACAAAAAGAAAAACAGCUGUUGUCUGUUGCUAAAUUAAUUUUUAGAUUGUUGUGCCAACAUAAUAGUUUUACUGCAAAGGCAUUGUGAUAUUUGCUAGUUUUCUGCCAAUUGCUCUGCAAGAAAUGGAUCUCGCUGCUGCAGAAGGGCUUCAGCUCCCACCGCCGCUCUUUCAAACUUCCCCAAGGAUCUUUUGAAACUGUUUAGAUUUUAUUUUUAGUGUUUCAAUGCAGCUCUGCUUUUGUCGUUGUUGUCUGGUAUCUCCAAUGGAACUCAAAAUCAAUAAACUGAUCAAUAAAGAGUUGA